AUGUCUGUAGGAGUGUCCUGGAGAGUCAGGAGUGUCCUGGAGAGUCAGGAGUGUCCUGGAGUGUCAGGAGUGUCCUGGAGAGUCAGGAGUGUCCUGGAGAGUCAGGAGUGUCCUGGAGAGUCAGGAGUGUCCUGGAGAGUCAGGAGUGUCCUGGAGAGUCAGGAGUGUGUCCUGGAGAGUCAGGAGUGUCCUGGAGAGUCAGGAGUGUCCUGGAGUGUCAGGAGUGUCCUGGAGAGUCAGGAGUGUCCUGGAGUGUCAGGAGUGUCCUGGAGAGUCAGGAGUGUCCUGGAGAGUCAGGAGUGUCCUGGAGAGUCAGGAGUGUCCUGGAGAGUCAGGAGUGUCCUGGAGAGUCAGGAGUGUCCUGGAGAGUCAGGAGUGUCCUGGAGAGUCAGGAGUGUCCUGGAGAGUCAGGAGUGUCCUGGAGAGUCAGGAGUGUCCUGGAGUGUCAGGAGUGUCCUGGAGAGUCAGGACUGUCAGGAGUCUCCAGGGGUAUCCUGGAGACUCCUGGAAACUGGCGCCUUGUUUCUGGGAUUUAACCAGUUGGGGAGAAAAUAA